CGAUCAUAACGGUCGCUCCUAUAUUUAAGGGACUAGGAGUGGGGGUCAAGAAACGCUUCAAAGCACAUCAAGAUUGAUGCCAUGGAACAUUGCACCAGCAUUUCUAGUAUUAUGGAGUAUAGUAAACAUUCGUUCGUUCAGGAGGAAAUCAAGAAAGAGCAUGACAUAGAAGCUUUUACUUUUCCCAACAACAUUCCCUCCCAUGAACAUGUUGAUUUCGGCGUUCGGCCGUUGGACUUCGUACCCGAACAACAAAGCCCGGCAAUAGGAACCGUUAUGACGGGAACCCAUAUGACAACAGCCGGUGAGUCGCUCCAGCCAGAUUAUGAUUCACAUUUUAUACUUAAGCCGCAGUACGUUCCCAAUUUCACAACCCUAGCUAUGGGAUCGAAUGGUGGAAGUCCUGGAAUACUGGGACCUAGUGACGAUGUCAAAGAAAAUAUUCGAAUGGUUGAUACCAGCAGUAACUACGACGAACCAUCCACGGCUUUAGACAAAUAUAUUCUUGUCAGGCAGGGUUGGUGUGACAAGUGUAACAAGUGGAAGCCCUUUGACACUUUGCGAAGGCACAAGGGGAAUUGCAGAGGUUCCACCGCUGAUUCGAAGAUAGAAAACAGGGGCACAAAAAGACGACACAGGGGUGAACUAUCAGUAGAAAACACACUAGUAAAGCGAGAGCUAGAAGUUAUUACGGCAGAGCUGUAUGAAGAACGAUGUCGUCGUCAGAAAGCAGAAGAAGAAGCGAGAGAUGCCAAGAAGUCAAAGGAAGAGCUAGAGGAAUUAGCAGAAGCACUACGUUGUUGUGAAGAGAAACUCGAGAAGGAGAUGAUGACGAGUGAAAGAUACUUGAGGAUCAUCGAGAACAACAUUGGUCAAAUAGAUCAUAAUGGCAACAAGGUAUCUUGA